AAUGAUAUAACAUGAAAAUUAUGUUGUUGGCUUAUGCGUUAUGGACGCAUAACGCAUAAAGCAAGCCAGCAACAUUGAUAGUACAUAAAAUUGAUGAAGAUUAAGCCACCCAAGAGGUGGCACGGGCAUGAGUAGCCUGUGCAAGAGGCCAUGUCAGGAGCCACACUUGGACUUGUUCAGUAUGUUGUGGUACGCACAGACCUUAUGACCUCGCUAGCAUGGCCUGUAGGUGCUGUCAUUGCUCAGGCCUGUCAUGCCUCUACUGCAGUUGCCCAUCUUUACCACGAAGAUAAAAAUAUGCAAAGAUACCUGGCUGACUUAGACAACAUGCAUAAGGUUGUACUGGGAAUUGAUAAUGAAACAAAACUACGUAACCUAUCAGAGAAAUUGAAUGAAGCCGCCAUUGAUCACAAGCUAUGGAUUGAGCAGCCUGAAGAUACCCCAACAUGUCUAGUGACAAAGCCAUAUCCCAAGGAGGAGGUUAGCAGAUUAUUUAAAAAGCUAAAAUUAUUUAUGAUGGACAACCCAUCCAGUUCCAGGGAAAACACAACCAACUAGUUGUAAAAAUAUUAUGUUCUAGAUAUUUAUAUUGCCUUUGUAUUCUCAGUGAGAAAAUUUAUACUGUUAGUUUAUGUUUUUCACGUGAUGUGUUUUUGGAACACUUUUUUUUUAUUAGGAGUUGAGUGAGAGUGAUAAAAUGUUAGUAUUGUACUGCGUAUUUAACAUAUCACUUCCUGUCAUGUAGGAGCUUGCUAGCUAAGUUAAACUAAUAAAAGCAUCUUAGAUUUUACAACCAAUGUGUUAUUUAAAAUUUUGCAAGCAAUAUAUUAUGGAUCAUUU